AUAUUUUGGACGAGUUAGCAUAAUGGAGAGUGAUAUGACAAUUUUUAAAGACUUAAAAGGAUUAUCUUCUGAAAUAGAAAGCAAUUUAAAGAUUUUAGAAUUUGAAGUCAGUGAUGCAACAAAGUUACUCUAUGAUUCGGAUAACAAACUACAGUCAGACUCCAAAGGCAUCGUUGUUCUGCAAGAAAUUUUGAAACAACAUACAAAAAUAUGUGAAAAACUUGAUAAACUGUACCAAAAUGAGGAAUCUGAUCUUGAAACAUUAAGCGAAGAGUUGGAUACUUUCAAAAAAAUAAUCAACGAGCGUGAAAAAGAACAGGAAGGACUGGAACAAAUCCUUAUAGAUCACAACUUGAUCCAACCAGAGGAGUCUCUACUCUCGCUUAGCCACGAAGGAGCAGAAAACAACAGUGGCACUGCAGCAUCUCAAAGUCCAAAACCUCCUGCGUCUUGUGACAGUACCUUCCUUAUACCCCGUCUAAAGCCAGUUUACACUUCCUACACCCCAGAUUCUGCAAACAAUGAUUUUCAAAGCACAAUGUGUGAAUAUUAAGUUUGUAUUAAGCUAAUAUUGCAAUUGAAACUUAAACACAUCAAUAUUUUCCACUUCAAUAAAUAAUUUUUAAUGGAGACUUGCCCAAUGAAAGUGCAUAACAGGAUUCUUAUAGCUAAGAUCAAAGGAUUAAAGUACAAUUAAUUUUAUCUCCAUAUCAGUAACCAUAAACAACUAUUUAUUUUGUGUCUUGGGUUUUCUGAUUAAAAUUUGUUUGAGGUAGAUAUUGUAAAAAUCUGUAUAAGAUGUAUUAUAAGAUAAAAUAUUUAUAGUAAUUUCA